UGGGUGGGUGCUGAGUGUAUGAGUGAGUGGGGGAGUCCAGGAGAAAUAGGUCAGUGCCCCCGUUUGAACCCCUGUGCAUACUUGCAGAGCAAUGACACAAGAUUGGGCGGGUUCUUACCUUUCAGUGGAUGAGGAUGAGGAGGAGGAGGCAAGGUGGAUCCAAACUUGACGACAAAAAAAACUAAAGUCCUGCAAGCGAGGUCAGAGCCGAGUCGACUCCUCGUUAAACGUGUACCCCUAGUUCCCCUACUUUACCCCCUCAAUUUCGGGCAGGAAAUCCAGCUGACAAGUCUUCCUAGGUGUCAGGAGAGGCGGUCCCUUCCCACACCAUUUUGCAUGUUUCUCCCAAGCAGUGACAACUUGACAGUCCUUGUUAGUCAUGCACACCAAAGUCCCCAACACCUUAAAGGGGAAAAAGUGAGGCGCGUAAAGGCGCGCGGUGCUUCAUGGCAACGCUGAUCAAGUGCUUCCUGCCCGCCGACGCCGCUGCUGCCUCUGCCGCUGCUGGUCGUGGUUCUCCUCCGAGGGGAUUCAAGGGAAGUUAGGAUGGCACGAAAAUGGUGGCAGGGCGGGUACUUCUUCUUCGUCUUCUGUUUCGUCGUCGUCGUAGUCGGUGGAAGAUGGUGUCUUAAGUCUUGUAGGAAGGAAGAGCUUUGUUCGGAUGGAACGUCGUGUCCCCCCCCCUCCUCGCCGCCGUCUUUGCCCGUGUGCCGCCCUGCAAGCCAGCAGCCCCAGCCAGCCAGCCAGCCAGCCCAGGCAGCCCGUCAGGAGGAGCAGCCCAGCGGUGUCUGCCAGCUCAGCGCAUGCUUACAAGCUCCGCCCAUGGACGCCCCCCACCUCCUCUCAUCCGCUCCUCCUUCAGCGACUCCUCUCUGCCUGGCCAACAUUCCGCUCACCCCAGAGACCGCCCGCGACCAAGAGCGGCGGAUUCGCCGGGAGAUCGCCAACAGCAACGAGCGGCGGCGCAUGCAGAGCAUCAAUGCCGGCUUCCAGUCGCUGAAAACGCUCAUCCCGCACAGCGAUGGGGAGAAGCUCAGCAAGGCGGCCAUCUUGCAACAAACGGCAGAGUACAUUUUUGCUCUGGAGCAGGAGAAGACGCGACUGCUGCAGCAAAACAAUCAACUCAAGCGGAUCAUACAAGAGUUGAGCGGCUCCUCCCCGAAGCGGCGGCGCGUGGAGGAGAAGGACGAAGGCAUCGGCUCGCCUGACAUCCUGGAGGAGGAGAAAACGGACGACCUGAGGAGGGAGAUGAUCGAGUUGAGGCAGCAGCUGGAGAAAGAGCGCUCCAUUAGGAUGAUGCUGGAAGAGCAGAUGCGUUCCAUGGACGCUCAGUUUUACCCCGAGAAACUGAAGGCUCUGGCCCAGCAGGUCCAGGAGCAGCAGACCCAAACGCAGCAACAUAAGCAGCUGGAAAGGGACCGCACACCUGCUCAUAGCCCACAGGUCUUCUCCCCGGGCACACCUCCCGCCCCCACGCACCACACCACCGUCAUCGUCCCCGCGCCCGCCCAACCCCCGCAGCCCCAUCACGUCACGGUGGUCACCAUGGGCCCGGCGUCUGUCAUCAACACCGUUUCCACGUCCCGACAGAACCUGGACACCAUCGUUCAAGCGAUCCAGCACAUCGAGGGCACCCAAGGGAAAGGCUGUGAGGAGGAGCAGCGCCGGGCGGUCAUCGUCUCCUCGGGACGUGUCCUCGCCGACAGCGACGAGCCCGGCGACCGCUCGCUGCCAUGAGUCCACACGUUCGCCUACACCCGCAACACAAAAGACUUUUUAAUAGGGCUGGUAGACACAGUGAAGCACUCCGUUUUUUUUUGUUGUUGUUUUUUUUUUUAAAGCAACUACAUCCAAGUAUAGUACCAUGAUACUCGUAUCCAUGCAGCUUAUCUACACACUCGUUGGUCUUGUAGAAAGCCGACUAGAGCAGCUACACCACUGACUCAUCCUAGAAAUAUUCCCAUACUGGAUGUUACUCGUCAAGCUAUACAUCUUUUUCCCCACGGGGGGUGCUCAAGCAAAAUGAGCGUGGCCACGCCCCUUUUACUUCCACACUGUGAGCCAUCAUUGCCGCUGUUUUCAUGCUUCUUUCUCUCGUAGCGGAGAGAACGCUCUUAAACCGUCGGUCUCGUGCUUGUGUUGUCGUUAUUGCUGGGCUGGGUUCCCAGCACACACACACACACACACCUGGACACAAAGGCUUGUUAAUUAAGCUAAUCAGUACCCCCCCAUUCCCCACCCCUUUUAGCAUUUAGCUUAGUAAUGCAGCUGAGACUCUGGAAGUCUGCAGCGGCAUCACAAGGCCUCCCAAUGACAACGCCACAGCCGACACACACUAUCGCGUUCGCUCAAUCAUUAAAACGUACAUUUAAUUAUUCCCAAAAUCCUGCUUCCUGGUGUUGCGUCACCACCAAGCUCGUGCACAAACAUUCCACCUCAAUCACAAACACUUCUUGUAUCAUUCCCCCGCUGUAAUAUUUGCUGUAAUAGCACAAACUCUUCCCUAGAUGGCGCUUUAGAGAAAUGCAGCAUUUCCUUUAUUUACAUGAAAGCCCUUUAAAACAAAUAAUCAAGGGAAAGUGUAUUUUUGGGGGGAAUUUUGCUCGUCGUCUACACACGUCUUUGUCUUUCUGUGCCUUUUAAAGACAGGAAAAGUAGCUAGCAUGAGGCUAGCUAACAAUUAGAACAAAUAAAUAACGGCAACUGUGUGCCAUAUUAGCCAAUUAGCUAAAUUACAGUCACAUUGUUACUGUAUGAGCUGACACCGGAGAACUACUUUAAUGGCGUAUUGUGGAUGACGGGCACAAUUCCAAACAAAGUGCACUUUUUUUUCCUUCCAAGCCAACAACCAAUCACUGGCCUCACGUACACUGAAUGGGGACCUCCUUUGGAAAGAUAUAUGAGGGAAAAAAAUCAUCUUUUUAUUAAUUUCCAAGCACUUAUUUUUACUGGAGCCUUCUUCAAGAACAGGCACCACUAUUGAGGUUAUGUCAUAACUUCUCCAUAUACAAUUCUUUCUUAUCUUUGACACACCCAUUUUUAUUGUAUCUGCACCCUCUCUCGCCUUCCCUCUAUCUUUUGUCAUCAAAAGCUAUUUUUUUGUAUAAGAAAUGUUUGGGGGGAUAAAGAGGCUUGUGCCUUUGUAAAGACAAGACUAAUAAAGUUUGUACUUU